AUUGACACCACGUCACUCCGGUUGCUGAAGACGUGGCUGAACUCACCGCACCCCUGCCACAACCGCCCAUUUUGAGACUGCAAAGGACUUAAGUGCUUUGCUGUAUGCAACGGCAGAUGCCGAACCAUACAUUCUUUUUAUACCUUGCCAAUCUUUGACUGAUUGGCUGCUGCUGCUGCUGCUGCUGGGUGCAGAUACCUGCAAGUCCUGUACAUGAGCACACGAAAGAGUAAAGUAUGUCCACUCACUACUGCACUCUUUGGAUGAUCGAGGUAGAUCCUCGGGGAUCAUCUGGUUACCUAACUAUGGUGACGAAAACAUGAUGGAGUUCAUGGGGUCCCACUUAUCACCAAGAUCGCGAUCAGCGACACCUGUCGACUCUCCACAGUUCCAAGUACGCGGGAGAGGGCGGGCACCCGGGGGGUUAGGCUUAAUCCCCGGUAAACGUGCUCUGGGAUGGGAAGAGCAAAUGACUGGCAAGUGGGAACGCCCCGGCCGCGCCGAUAGGGAAAAUGGAGCAAGGAUGCACGAGCCAUACUUGUUGGGGUUAAGUGCAGUCGACGGGGUGGGAAGAGGCUGGCUGAGCCAAUUCCAAAUUCUUGGUUCGGCCGCGCCGGAUUGGACCUGCAUUGCCUACUCUCCAGACCAUGUUCUGGAAGCAUUCAAGGAUUGGAGAACUGUCUUCUGUAUGGCUUCGAGAGUUUGUGUAAAUAGCAACCUUGUCAUUGAUCGAGUUGUCAUGUUUGCAACCACAUGCCGUUCCUGCCCCGCAUUCUUGCCUCAUCCCGCCGCGCUGGAGGAAGUCGUCAUUGCCAUUCUCCAACUCAACACUCCGCCAGGACUGCAGCAGCUGCAACACAGCAUCCGACACCACACAUUCGGCAUUAUGCAACUGGGUCUUUCGGAAAGUCUUCCGGCUCUGGUCAGUCGACGAUUCACAACCGCCAAAGAUGCUGGCCAUCUCCUCUUUUCUCCAACCCAGCUCGUGACACUCCAUGCUUCGGGGGUACCGUAUCAACUUCGUUACUGUCCAGCUCUCGCAAAGAAGCCAACGAGUACCCCGAAGAACGAAAACGCCAACCCUAGCGGACCGAAGUUCGAUCCCUUCGAGAACCCGUCACCGGAGCUUCUAAUAGCUCAGAUCCCCCGCGAAAAUCCGACCCAUUUCUUGGUCCUCAACAAAUUUCCCGUGAUUCCCAACCACUUCAUCAUCGCCACAAAAGCCUGGAAAGCCCAGACGGAUCUUCUGGAGAAGGAAGACCUCGCAGCCGCCUACGCCUGUGUCAAAGCAUGGGCCGAAGCAGAGGCUCCGUCCUCCGCGCGCGACAGGAAGCUGUUCGCCUUCUUUAACUCGGGCGACGAGAGUGGCGCGAGUCAACCGCACAGGCACCUGCAGUUCCUUCCCGUGGAAGCGAUGGCCCAGCAGGAGCAACAACAGGAGCACUCGGACGACUGGCGGCCUCUGAUAGAUAUUGUCGCCGCCACCGCGCAACCGGCAGCCACCGGCGGGUCUGGUGGCUAUCGGCGGUCGGAUCGAGUUCCCUUUGCCCACUUCGCGCUCCCCUUGCCGCCAAACCCCUCGAGCGAGACCCUCUUCGCAACAUAUCUUUCUCUGUACAGGGCUGCGGUAGCUGCAGCUGCAGCAGCUGCCACAAACAGCAGCAACAGCAAUCGCCGCGUCCAAGAGACGACCGGCCCCGCCGCCGUCAGCUAUAAUCUCGCCAUGACCGAGUCCUCGAUGAUCAUCUGCCCCCGGAGAAGGGAAAGCGCACACGUCCCAGUUGAACCUGGCGCCAGUGCGGAUGUCGCCGAGGCUGGAGUGGUCGCCCUGAACGGCACCAUCUUGGCCGGAACCCUCAUGGUCAAGGCCGAGGCCGAAUGGACCGAGUUGCGCCGCAAUCCGCAGUCAUUGAGCAACGUACUUUCGACGAUUGGCUUUCCGCAGUUGAAACUGCCGGAGGUUUCGCAGCUAUAAGGUGUGAAGCAUUAUGCUAGCUUGGUUAGAUGAGUCACAUAUGCAUCAGUGAAUCUGCACAUAUCUACGGAGUAAACUUUUGUGUCUUACCUACUUUUACGUGAUAGAGAUAUAAUACCAUUGGUUUAUUUUCGG